AUGGCGAAUUCCUCCCCGCGGCUCACAAGGCUGAGGGACCUGAUGAGGGAAAGGAAGAUCCAUGUAUACGUUAUCCCGUCCGAAGAUAGCCACAGCUCAGAAUACAUCGCCGCCUGUGAUGCCCGCCGGGAGUUCAUAAGUGGGUUUACGGGUUCGGCAGGGUGUGCCAUCGUCACACUUGGGGCCGCCGCGCUUGCUACGGAUGGUCGAUACUUCAAUCAAGCUGCCAAACAGCUAGACAGCAACUGGACCUUACUGAAGCAAGGACUACAGGAUGUUCCCACGUGGCAAGAAUGGGCCGCUAGCCAGUCCGCGGGAGGGAAAACAGUGGCCGUCGACCCGUCACUCCUCCCCGGGUCAGCUGCGAAGAAACUCAAUGACCAGGUCCGCAAAGCUGGCGGUGCUGAGUUGGUUCCCCUCGAUGAGAACAUUGUAGAUAUAGCCUGGGCCGACAGCCGCCCCGAUCGACCUUGUCGACCAGUCAGGGUUUUACCCGACGAGAUUGCCGGGAAGUCGGUCACGACAAAAAUCGAGGAACUGCGACAGGAACUGGCCAAAAAAAAUUGUCCUGGCUUUUUUGUGUCCAUGCUGGACGAGGUUGCGUGGCUCUUCAAUCUCCGGGGCAAUGACAUACCAUACAACCCCGUGUUUUUCUCAUAUGCCACCAUUACGCCGGAGGCAGCAAUCCUAUACGUUGACGAAUCUAAGUUGGACGAGUCCUGCAAGGCGCAUUUGCGGGCGAACAGGGUCCAGGUCAAACCUUAUGACUGUUUCUUCCCCGAUGCCCGCCAGCUGCACACUGAGGUCAAGUUAAAGCGGCAGGCUGGUGGAGACGAUACUGUGGCAGGCAACUUUCUCAUAUCGAACAAGGGCUCAUGGGCAAUGAGCCGAGCGCUUGGUGGCGACGGCUCAGUGGAAGAGAUAAGGAGCCCAGUCGGCGAUGCAAAGGCCAUAAAAAACGGAAUUGAAAUGAGUGGAAUGCGAGCCUGCCAUGUCAGAGACGGAGCUGCCCUAAUCGAGUUCUUUGCUUGGCUAGAGGACCAGCUGCUCCACAAGAAGGUCAUUAUCGACGAAGUGCAAGCGGCCGACAAACUUGAAGAACUGCGAUCGAAACAUCAACGCUUCGUCGGCCUGUCGUUUCCCACCAUAUCUGCCACCGGAGCAAAUGCAGCAAUUAUUCACUAUGGCCCUGAGAAAGGUUGCUGCGCAAUAAUAGACCCGGGAAGCGUGUAUCUCUGCGAUUCCGGAGCGCAGUAUCGAGAUGGGACAACAGACACAACAAGGACUCUGCACUUUGGGAAGCCCAGUGACGAUGAGAAGACAGCAUACACGCUUGUCCUCAAAGGUCUCAUCGGUCUUGACACAGCAGUCUUCCCUAAAGGGACUACGGGGUUUGCCCUGGACUGUCUAGCUCGCCAGCAUCUUUGGAAAAACGGGUUUGACUAUCGGCAUGGCACGGGCCAUGGCGUGGGUUCGUAUCUCAACGUUCACGAAGGCCCAAUUGGUAUUGGAACCCGCGUACAGUACACUGAAGUCCCAUUGGCGCCUGGCAAUGUGCUCUCCAACGAGCCGGGCUACUACGAAGACGGAAAUUUUGGUAUUCGGAUCGAGAAUAUCAUGAUGGUCAGGGAGGUUCAGACGGAACACUGCUUUGGAGACAAGCCGUACCUGGGCUUUGAACAUGUCACCAUGGUGCCUUAUUGUCAACGCUUGAUUCAGAAGGACAUGCUUACUGCAGAUGAAAAAGGCUGGCUGAAUGCAUACAAUGACGAAAUCCUGAAGAGCACUAGGGGAUUUUUCAAAGGUGAUGACUUGACAAUGACUUGGCUUACACGGGAGACAAGACCAAUUGAGUAG